GACAGGUCGUUGUCACGUGAUCCAACAAGGAAGUAUGAGAUAUGUAGGUCACAUGUAAUGACGAAUCAUCUCGACAAAAUUUAACGUUUAUUAGGGAGCCAUGGCAACUCCUCCUGAUGGGAAAGAUCCGCCUCGAAUCACGGCUCUCCGUUUUUCCACAACGCACGGGCAGAAUGUUGAACUCGAACAGCACGGGAAAAGUGCGCAAUGGAACCUCAGCUGUCACUGUGGCACGUGCUGCACGAGCCGCUCCCUCCAGAAAGGCGAGAAAUUGACCUUCAAACUCUCAGGCAGUGGACAUGUCCUUCUGGGCCUCCUGUCUUUCAAACCCGACGCUGCUAAUUUUCAGAAUAUGGAAAUAACAAAGGUCGAAAGAAACGCCCACUGGACCCAAUUCCGUUUCAAGAAGGAAACGACUGGAAUUACCCUGUCUCGCUCAAAGACGCGAGAGGUCACGUUUUCUCGCGAGAUAAAGGACAAGACGGAAACACAUACCUGCGGCGUUGCCGGACAGGAUCUGUUUGUUUUCUUCGCAAUAGAGUUCGGUGACAUUGUUAUUGAUAUGACAUCAGAUAGCAAAAAGAAAACGAUCUGUUUUGACAAGGCAUGCGGUUCGAACAUGAUUCUCGAAGAACAAGGGAAGCGUGCAAGUCUGAAGCAAAGUAACCUCAGCGCACGCUGCUGCACAGAUAGAGCGUUGGCUCCAGGGGAGGUAAUCGACCUUCACAUUUCUCCCAAAGAUAACGCGAGCUGGACCUAUGUCAAACUUUUCGUGUCUAACCUGAAUGGAACCCAGCUACAGCUCCAAAAAUUAGAAGUCAGUCCCGAUUCGUCCCUCUACCCUCCAGAAGGAAUAAAAGUGGACAAAAAGGGUACUAUACAGAUUCGACUUAGCGAGGCAGGGGAGAUUGUCUACUCGGUGCAGACGAAGGAAACAAGGCAAGCCAUAAGUGACCCUGGCCUUGACCUUAAUCGACCCCUGUAUCUCUACGUGGAACUCUUUCGUGUGAAGGUCGUAAUUGAAUCAACACUUCCAGAAGAAGAUGAUACCUACCUCACUGCCUUGCGCCUGACAGAAGAUAACCCAUACCUGCAGCCUAUUCCUGACCCCAGUGAUACUCCACCCUGCACAGCAGGCGCAAGAGGAUUUCCUAAAGUGCCAUCCCUUAUCAAAACUGAUUUACCUGAACGGGAAUACAUUGAGAUUCCUGACGUUACUGUGGACGCAAGACUACCAGACAUCUUUCCCGACCCAUCUCUGACGUUGCCAAAGCGCCACGAUAUAGUUGGAAACAGCAGGGUAGACCCUACACCCAACGCAAAAAAUCAGCAACAUGUGCAGAAACAAGGAGACAGUUUAGAUAAACGGCCGCCCAUCCCAGUCCCAAGGAAGGACCAGGGACAGUUUGGUGGAGGGGACACUGAAGCGAGUGGUCCAACCGCUGGUCAUUGUUGUCCUCAAGGCCAACCAACAGGUGGCUCCUCUGGUCCUGAGAGCUGCGAACCUCCUCCUUCACCCAUUCCUCAAGAUGCUAUGUCGUUUCAACUGAUUGACAAUCUCACGUCACAUCUUGCACGAAUUGGAGGACUGGGGCCAAUAGAUAACCAGAAUGAACCCAUUGGAGGUCCCGUCCCAGUUUCCUCGUUUGCCGAGAAGAUCCGCACGAACUAUGUUCAACUACUAGACAGACUUGAACCCGAUCCAAUUGCUGAUCAUUUGUUUCAGGGUGGAAAUAUAUCAGACGCGGAACAAUGUUCCUUCCAUGAGAUGAACAAGAAAGCAAAGAGUCGUUUUGUGUUACAGGUUCUUAAGACUCGGCCUAGCACAAAGGACAACUUUAUCACCGCUUUGCGGCAGUCUGCUCAAAGAGAUAUCGUAGAUUUACUUGGACUUGAGUAGUUGAGGGCCAUCGUAUUCUUUGCAAUUUCAUUGUCAAGAGGGCUGUUUCAAUAAGUAGAGGUGUGGUGGCCUCGUGGUUAAAGCGUCCGUUCGUCACGCCUCAAAUCCUGGUUUGAUUCUGUGAAGCCCAUUCUUAGGUGCCACAUGGCGUGAUAUUGGAAUAUUCCUUGUGUCGGAAGACCUCUCCCUUAUUUCCCACACAGCGCAAAAACAUUAUACAAAGUUGCAUUUGCGACAUACUUCAAUCAAGAUGACUCGAUGAAUAUACUUAAAAUGGAUAUAAUAGCUUCAUAAUUGUCUGCAGGAGUACAACAGUGCGACGUUCUGUCUGUAAAUUGCGGAAUCACUGCAGAAAUCCAAUCAUAUCCCUUUUCACCACUAUUCUGCCUUGUACGCCCAAAGGAAUCGGCAAUCGAGAUUUUAUAUUUAUCUUGUAGUGUCAUCUUAACACUCACAGUCCCUUCCCAUUGCAGUUAGACACCAGAACUAACCACAUCAUUGAUCAGUAUUAAUAAUCAAUACCAUAUGUGAUUCCUGUGUUAUAUAUGGGACACGAAUAUUUUUUACAUUUUAUUUCUUGCGUAUUUUUAUUGCUGGCCUUUCAGCCAGGGAGGAUCGAAAUAAAAACCAAAUACAUUAGCGUAUCUUAAUAGUAAAAUGAUCAAUUUGCUUUGCAUUAUAUUAACCGCUUGUAUGGACAGUUCAUUGCCUAUGGACGUAUUCACCUUUAGAGACAGACAUAUGCAGUGGCAAGAUACCUCAGUUGUGAUUAUUCAGUAUUUGAUAUUAAAAACUAAUUUCCUGA